AUGUCCGCCCCAGCAGCGACGUCGUACUUCCGCAUAACGCUGCACCGGUCGGCCAUCGGGCUGCCAACGCGCACGCGCGGCGUGCUGGCGGCGCUGGGCCUGCACCGGCGGUGCCAGACGGUGUUCCACCCGGUGGAGCCGCAGUUCGCGGGCAUGAUCAUGAAGGUCAAGGAGCUGGUGCGCGUCGAGGAGGUGGGCCGGCGGCUGACGGCCGCGGAGCUGCGCGCCGAGAGGACGCCCGACCGCGGCUUCUGGGUCGAGAGGAGCGCCGGGCGAUCAUGA